GGAAGCUUCCGGGAAGAUUCGCGCUUGCUGGUCGUUGGUUAGCGAGCCGGUAAGGUUCUGAAUGGUGGGCGACCAACCCGAGGCCUAUAUAGGCCCAGACUGUCGUGCUAAUAGCGUUGGGCUUUGCCUCCGAACUUAUUCAUGUUGCCACCCGGUCCGCUCGCCAAACGACUUAUUACGACCGAUUAGUGGCACGCGGCCGACCGCUUCUCGCCGGCCUCUACGAAGAUCUGACGCGCUUUCUGGGGCGUUGUAUUAAAGCCUUUGAAGUGGCUUCCUUGCUAGCUUUUAUACUCGUUGGGCAAAUGAGCCAAGCGUCAGGGAGCCGUGCAGUCGUGGACCGUGCGGGAACACUUUCAUUUUCACCGACAUCCAUUGUUAUGCUCAGCCGAAUUGUGAAUUUUUUCCUGUACGCCAACUGGCUGCUGCUUUUCCGGAUCGUUCGAGGGUUCCAGAAACUGCUUUUCACGAUGUCCAGCUCGCCGCUGUCCAAGAAACGUCGCUUGUCAGGAACAGAGACGAAGACGGGAUCCCACUGCUCCUCCUCAAACUCUGUCAGAACUGAUCUGUCCCACACACCUGCCAACGGCAUGGCUAAGAACGGCAAUGACGCUGAGAUUGAUGAAGGCCUGUAUUCCAGACAACUGUACGUUUUGGGCCAUGCUGCAAUGAAGCGCAUGCAAAACUCCAAUGUGCUCAUCUCCGGUAUGAGAGGUCUUGGAGUGGAGAUUGCCAAGAAUGUCAUUUUAGGGGGCGUUCGAAGUGUCACCGUACAUGAUGAAGGGGUCGCAGAAUGGAGAGACCUCUCCUCUCAGUUUUACAUUCGAGAGGAGGAUCUGGGGAAAAACAGAGCAGAAGUUAGUCAGUCCCGCCUGGCUGAACUCAACAACUAUGUCCCUGUGGCGGCAUAUACAUGUGCGCUCACAGAAGACUUCCUGACCAAAUUCCAGGUUGUUGUGCUGACCAACUCCACCCUUGAUGAGCAGCAAAAAGUGGGAGAGUUCUGCCACAGCAAAGGCAUCAAGAUCAUCAUAGCAGACACUCGUGGCCUGUUUGGCCAGCUUUUUUGCGACUUUGGUGAGGAAAUGAUUGUGCAUGACACUAAUGGAGAACAACCGCUGAGUGCCAUGAUUUCCAUGAUCACCAAGGACAAUCCGGGUGUUGUGACUUGCCUGGACGAGGCUCGUCAUGGUUUUGAGAGCGGAGACUUUGUAACAUUCUCAGAGGUUCAGGGAAUGACAGAGCUAAAUGGGUGCCAGGCUGUCGAGAUCAGAGUUCUGGGUCCCUACACCUUCAGCAUUUGUGACACCACAGGAUUUACAGAUUAUGUCAGAGGAGGAAUUGUUUCCCAGGUCAAGAUGCCCAAGAAAUUCACUUUUAAAUCCAUUUCCUCCUCCAUGGCUGAACCAGAGUUCAUAAUGACAGACUUUGGCAAGUUUGAGCGUCCUGGACAACUACAUGUGGGCUUUCAGGCCAUCCAUGCUUUCCAGAAGAAAAACAACCGCCUGCCUGCACCAUGGAACCAGGUUGACGGUGAAGAGAUGUUGACAUUAGCCAAGGAGAUGAACGCUGCUCAGUCUGGAUCAGCUAAAGUAGAGCAGCUGGAUGAGGCGCUCAUCAAAAAGAUGUCCUAUGUCUGUGCGGGUGACCUGGCCCCUGUCAACGCCUUCAUUGGCGGUCUAGCUGCACAGGAAGUUAUGAAGGCAUGCACAGGAAAAUUUAUGCCCGUUAUUCAGUGGUUGUAUUUUGAUGCAUUGGAGUGCCUGGCAGAAGAGGAGGGAGGUGUACUCACAGAGGAAGAAUGUGCCCCUAGGAACAGUCGGUACGAUGGACAGAUUGCAGUAUUUGGCACCAAGCUGCAGGAUUUGCUUGCCAAGCAACGCUACUUCCUGGUUGGAGCUGGUGCGAUUGGCUGUGAGCUCUUAAAAAACUUUGCCAUGAUUGGACUGGCUGGUGGCGAGGGCGAGGUCAUUGUGACUGAUAUGGACACCAUCGAGAAGUCUAACCUCAACAGACAGUUCCUCUUCAGACAAUCAGAUGUUACCAAAAUGAAAAGUGACACAGCUGCAGCAGCAGUUAAACAAAUGAACCCCUUCAUCAAGAUCACUGGUCACCAGAACAGGGUGGGCCCCGACACGGAGAGAGUCUAUGACGAUGACUUCUUUGAGAGCCUUGAUGGAGUAGCCAAUGCACUGGACAAUGUUGAUGCUCGUUUGUACAUGGAUCGGAGGUGUGUGUACUACCGUAAACCUUUAUUGGAGUCCGGCACUCUGGGUACCAAAGGCAAUGUCCAGGUUGUGAUCCCCUUCCUUACGGAGUCGUACAGCUCUAGCCAGGAUCCACCUGAGAAAUCCAUCCCCAUCUGUACCCUCAAGAAUUUCCCAAAUGCCAUUGAGCACACACUGCAAUGGGCCCGCGAUGAGUUUGAGGGGCUUUUCAAGCAGCCACCAGAGAACGCCCUGCAGUAUCUCUCUGAUCCCAAGUUCAUGGAGCGCACCCUGAAACUUCCCGGAGGUCAGUCUGCUGAGUUGCUGGAGGCUGUUUACAAGAGUCUGGUCACAGACUGUCCCCGCAGUUUUGCCGACUGCGUAGCCUGGGCACGCAACCACUGGCAGUGCCAGUACAGCAACAACAUCCGCCAGCUCUUGCACAACUUCCCCCCAGAUCAGCUAACCAGUUCUGGCGCCCCCUUCUGGUCCGGUCCAAAGAGGUGUCCUCACCCCCUAGAAUUCAGCACUAGCAAUGACCUGCACAUAGACUACAUAAUGGCCGCAGCCAACCUGUUUGCCCGGACGUAUGGCAUAGAAAGCUGUACCGAUCGUGCAGCUGUGAUCAAGCUCUCACAGGAGGUGAAGGUGCCUAAUUUCACGCCACGUUCGGGGGUGAAAAUCCACGUCUCUGAUCAGGAGUUACAGAAUAGCAAUUCGUCUGUUGAUGAUUCAAGACUAGAGGAGCUGAAGGUCCUGCUGCCUGCGCCUGAGUCUUCUCAGUUCAAACUCUGUGCUAUCGACUUUGAAAAGGAUGAUGAUACCAACUUCCACAUGGACUUCAUCGUAGCAGCAUCCAACCUGAGAGCUGAGAAUUACGACAUCCCCCCAACUGACAGACACAAUAGCAAACUUAUAGCUGGCAAAAUCAUUCCCGCCAUUGCCACUACCACAGCUGCUGUGGUGGGUCUGGUGUGCCUCGAGCUCAUCAAGAUCGUCCAAGGGCAUAAAAAAUUGGAGUCAUUUAAGAACGGAUUCAUGAAUCUGUCGCUGCCCUUCUUUGCCUUCUCCGACCCCAUUGCUGCUCCCAGACACAAGUACUAUGAAAUUGAGUGGACGUUAUGGGAUCGGUUCGAGGUUAGUGGUUUGCAGCCCAGUGGAGAGGAGAUGACACUGCGGCAGUUUCUGGACUUCUUUAAAAACGAGCAUAAGUUGGAGAUCACCAUGCUUUCUCAGGGAGUGUCCAUGCUCUACUCGUUCUUCAUGCCUGCUGCCAAACUCAGAGAGAGACUCGAGCUGCCGAUGACUGAGAUUGUGACCAAGGUGUCGAAGAAGAAGUUGGGCAAACACGUCAAAGCUCUGGUGUUCGAGUUGUGCUGUAACGACAUGUCGGACGAAGACGUGGAAGUGCCAUACGUCAGAUACACUAUUCGCUGAGCUCCACAUUGGACCCACCUGAGGGAGGUUGGGUGUUACCGGAGGGAGAUGAUGUUUAUUAUAAGGGUUGCGAGGUCAUUGCGGGCGGGGGUACUAGGGUGGUUCAGGUCUUUUCAAUAGGACAAGUCGAUUUUUUUUUUUUUUUUUCUCUCCUUCCUCCUUCCCUCCAGGCCUGUGGUUUGUGUGAACCCGUGCCCCGGUGUACAUAGUCCCAUUGAGCUGACUCACUGGUAGCUCUUGUUAAGGGAUCCACUUGUGUUCAGUACUUUGAGACACGGCUGUUGCAGGCGGCAGGAAACCUGUAUAUAUACCGGAAGUCCUGAUACUUUGCAGAGCCUCAGGGCUCAGUUGAAGCCUGGGUGAUGUUGCUACUCAGAACUGCGUUACGUGUCACUUGACUGUUGGCUUCUUUUAACAUGUUGCAUUAAAAAAAAACCCUCAGUAAAUAAUUCAUCAAAAUGGUACAUGUGAGAAUUUUAUCCAUUUGACUACCACGUCCCCUAAUUCUACAGUGGCACCAAUAAUUUAUUUUUGGGGGGUUGUUGGACCGCCAGAAGAUCCGAUUGCGCCUCAAUUGCCUCCCUAGGACACAAAAGUGAACCCCCUCGUCAAGUUGAAUUCAUUGCUGGCGGGGGGAGUUCAGGCACCUGACCUCAGUUAGCACUCAUUGCAGUGUGUGGAGUGCUCUUGCACAUUGAAUCAGAUUUCUUUGUAUUUCAUGUCCUGUUUUAUUUUUCUUUUGUAUUUUUUUCUGGGCUAAUUAGGCUCACACGACAUGUAGAUGAUAAACUCUUCUCUCUACAGUGUAAAAUCUUUCUGACAUUACGGUGUAAAAGCAAGGUAAUGUAUCUUGAUAUGGGAGCACUUAGCUUGAUAGUGAAUAAAUGUCAAAUCACCA